CUCGCGGCUCCUCGCGACGAGGAAGAGGUGGACGAGCCUCGGCCACUUGGCGAAGUUUACUCGUGUUCUCGGCCUAGUACUAGUUCUGGCGCAAUCGCGUCCGCACGCGAGACUUACGCUCGCGCGAAGCUUUCCUGGCCGCAAAGACGCUUCCCCGCGGCGAAUCCUUCAGCGAGAGAAUCAGGAGGGACACUCGGAAUCCCCGGGCGUUGAUGCUCCCAGCCGCUCUUACCAGGUCUCAGUGUUUUCUCACCGCGCAGACUGCAAGGGCGGACAUCAUAAUCGGAAUAAUGAAGAGAGAAGCCGAGGCUGGCGCUAUGACAGGUUCCGGGGGUCCGACAAGCCCCCACAAGCGCUAUCGACAGGGUGACGAUGAGCUUCGUCUUCUCAUCCCGAGUAAGGUUGCCGGUUCGAUAAUCGGCAAGGGUGGCCAGAACAUCACGAAACUCAGAAGUCAGUACAAAGCCUCAAUCAUUGUACCCGAUUGCCCCGGACCCGAACGGGUGCUCACCAUCAGUUCGGACCUGCCCACUGUUCUCCAAGUCUUGAACGAGGUCGUACCUAAUCUGGAAGAGAACGGCUCUCGUCAUGGCAGUGACGAGAUAGACGUGCGCAUGCUGGUGCAUCAGAGUCAGGCGGGAUGCAUCAUCGGCAAAGGGGGUCUGAAGAUCAAGGAGCUCCGCGAGAAAACUGGAGCCAGGAUCAAGAUCUAUUCGAACACCUGCCCCCGCAGCACGGAUCGCCUCAUCAGCAUCUGUGGGAAGCCCACGACGUGCAUCGAGUGCAUACGCGAAUUGAUCGCCACCAUUAAAACCUCUCCGCUGAAGGGUGUGAACAAUCCCUACGACCCGCACAACUUCGACGACUUUUAUGCUGAUGACUACGGUGGUUAUGGUAGCGCCGAUGGUGGUCAGGGCAAGGUCGGUGGAUUUGGCGGGCCCGGUGGCCGUGGCGGCGGUGGCGGCGGCGGCGGCGGCGGCGGCGGCGGUGCCGGGGGCGCCGGGGGUGGUGGAAUGCCGCCGAGACGCGACAACCGCGGCGGCGGUCCCGGCGACAUGAACCGCGGCUUUCCGCCGCCACGAGGCGGCCCCGGUGGCGGCGGAGGCGGCGGUGGAGGUGGCUACGAAGGCGGUCGUGGAGGUGGCGGAUACGGUGGCGGCGGCGGCGGCGGUAGCGGCGGUGGUGGUGGCGGCGGUGGCGGAAACCGAGGCGGUCCGCCGCCCUACGGCAGCGGAAAUUACAACGGUGAUGGAUGGGGAAUGCAAGGAGGCGCGCCCAAUGGUCUGGGUGGCGGCAAUAACACGGGAAUGGGUGGCCCACCUAUGGGUGGAAACAACCAAGGCAACCAGGGCAACAUGAGUGGAAACAAGACCAGUACACAAGUCACCAUUCCUAAAGACUUGGCCGGAGCUAUAAUUGGCAAAGGUGGUGCGAGGAUCAGAAAAAUCAGAUCUGACAGUGGUGCCGGAAUAACUAUAGACGAGCCACUGCCUGGUAGCAACGAUCGCAUCAUCACCAUCACUGGAAUUCCCAGUCAGAUACAAAUGGCCCAGUACCUGCUGCAGCAGAGCGUACACGAGAAUGCAGAUCAUUACUAAGACAUGGUGAGGGAUGCAUUCGGGGAAGAGGGGAGCCAAAGAUGCGCUUUUGUAACUUUUUUUUUAGAAAUAUUUCUUGGGCAAACACAUACAAACGCUGAAAGUGAAACCUGAAACAAGUACAUUUGACAUGCACCUGCAGAAACGCGCGCAAGAAACUGGGGUACUUCCGGCAAAGUGCUACGCACAGGGGGGUAAUCCGUAGAAUUUACGACACCACACACACAAACACACACGAACACACGUACACACACACAUACACAUAUAUAUGCACACAUACAUCCAGGGUGUCAGUGAAUAUUUACCCUUUUGCUAUUUUCGCAAUGGUUAAUGAGUUAUUAAUUGUAAAAAUUCUCCAUCUUAGUCUAGCCUCCCUCCCGGCGCAAGCGCGUGGCGAGGCAGGCCCGCGCCGAAGUUGUUUAUUAAAAACGGCAACAGUUACACAUGAACAACAUCCUGUAUGCCUACAACAAUAGAUAUUUAUUCGAUCACGAGCCUGCCAUUGGCUACAUCUCACUGCGCGCUUACACUGGACGAUUGGCCGGGCUAAGACAAUUUUUUUAAAAAUAAUAACUCAUUAACUAUUGCGAAAAUUGCAAAAUGGUAGAGGAGGACUUGAGAUAAAGCGGAUCAGUUUGGUCCGCUUUUUCUACCCAAAAAUAAAUCCUAAACAUUCACUGACACCCUGUAUAUACACACACCACACGCGAAUCACCCUCUCCCAGGAAGAUAAACGCUUGUGGUCGAUGCUAACGUGACCUUGAUGUGGCGGUCCUUUUCAAGGAUGGUAGUCGCCCAUUGCAGCCUGCAGAGUAAAUCGAUUUACGAAUCGAGUACCGUUAACGUUUUCGAUAUCGGCCUUUCUUUAGUAUAGAAUUCUCUUAUUUGUAUCGUGUCCGCGUGACACAUACUGUCGAUGUGACAGCGGGGGGUUUCAAACUGGCGAGCAACCGCACCAUGCUCCCCGAGAAAUGUUAGCAUUCCCAAGAAAACAUAUUUAUCCUCUAAUGGAAGUCCAAAGAUUGAUCCAUUUUUUUUACCGUAAAACACGCGGCUAUUUCGCAGGCAAUCAUCGUGUAUCUUCUUUUUCUCAUUUUUUUUUUCGUUAUCAUCGUUAGCUCUUGUCUCUUUCGCCCGACGGAAAAUCAAUGCGUUUUAAUUUUGAAUUGUACAGAUUGUGCCAACGAACAAUCGAGACGCUGGCGCGAGACAGCCAAUUUGAAACCGUUAGACGCGACUCUCCUGAACAUCGAGACCUGACAACGCACACUUUUCCCGUUACGUUUCUUUCCAGCUUUUUGAUAAAUUCUUUACAAAUUCUAAUCCUACGAAAAUCUAAGAAUAAGAGCGCAUAUAGAGUGAAUGCGAGGGCAACAGUGUCGAAGGAACGGAGAGGUCGAGCGAGAGAGAGAGAAAGAUAGAUUUUACUAGGUAAACGUAAUCGCCGGAAAAGAACUGACAAGUGUAUUCGCAAAAAAGAAACUGUACAUAAGACCCACUAAUGUCCCUUUCCCUUCCUUAAUUGCCGCAUACACCGGCAUGUGUAUGCGUUUCUGCUGUUGCAUUAUUAUUGUAGUUAUUAUUAAUUAUUACUGUAUGAUUAUUGAUAAGAAUACUUUUGCGUUAUUAUAUCCUAUCCCAAAUCUGUAUUAAUUACACCCUUCAUCCCCUAGCGGACGCGUGAGCGUUCUUAGCAUUCUAAUGGGUAGAAAUAUUUAGGCUUAAUAAAGAGAUGUAAGUUGAAGGGGGCACCAUCGGCGAAGAGCGAACCGCUACCGAACGAUUUGGUUUAGCAUAUGAUUAGGACGAAAUCCAUCGUAGCAGUGGUGUAUUGAUGAAUCAUCACUGUUCUCUGAUAUGUGUGAAUGAAACAUUUUUCAAUUGUUUUUCUUUCUUCAUUUGCUAUGCAGUUAUUUUUUAUAUUAUAUUGUACAGGACUUCGCGAGAAACGUGCGAAUUCGAGUGAAUUGGUCUAAAACUAUGACGCUGUUGCCACUGCUAUAUAUACAUAUAUAUGUGUAUCAUGCUAUAUAUACAUAUGCAUAUAUAUAUGUAUCAUGCUAUAUAUAUACACAUAUAUAUAUCAGAUUGUUCGUUACAAUCACCCUCGUCGAUGUGCAAAAUCCUUACGCUGAAAUUCCGAUACGAAGGCGCGAUUGCGAAUAUUAUAAAGAUAACAGCCGGAUUCAGCAUACAACUUGAUCUCUGUAAAUAUAUACCUCUACUAUAUAGCACUUUGAAACAUGACUGCUCGAACGGAUGUACCUUUUGACAAAUAGCGGCGUUGAUGAUUUUCCAAGUGCAAUUAAAAACGAUUGUACUGAAACAAAAAAAAAGCGUUAUUUAGCCGUCGCACAGUCAUUCGAGCGAUCGUAAUCGCGAGAGCUCCGCCCCGGAGUCGAUUUAAUACCAUCGGACAUGGCCAAGUAAUGUCACCCUUGAACCCGCGCCCGUUGGAGGGUCGAAUUGUUAUGAUGUAUGCCGGGCUAUAUUAAGCUAGUACAACCCUUUUGACGGAUAAGAAGGGAAAAAAAAUGGAGAAAGUACGGUCAAACGUAACAGUGACACUCUAAUCGCCGUUUUUCCAGUUUCCCCUGCGUACCGAUGGUCAGCCCCGAGUUAACUCGUAACAUCCUUUCCUCUCUCUCUCCUCCAGCCCCUGAAAGUACAUUUAGUCUGGUCAGUAGACGUCACCCCUAUCAGGGUGCCUACGAAGGGCAUUUUUAAGCAUCUUGACCGUGGGCCGUGGUGGUCCAUUAUACAAAGGUGUACCGACCAGUAGGCAGUUAGGUGACGCAUUCGCAGCCUGUUUUCGGGAUCACCGCGCGCGCGGAUUUGCAUAGGUACACAAAGGGCUCGAGCAAUGACGCUCGGCAUAAAAUGUCAAGUGAAAUCACGAUCCGUAUGUAAAUUCGCGUGUGCGAUGGACUUAACGGAGUUAGCAGCGAUUCCCCAUUAUUCUCGCAACAAGAUUCCGCCCGACCGGUUCGCAGAAAGAUCGGCGCGAUUGGCCGUGACGAGAUUUCCCAAUUCGCUUCUUUCUUUUCUCUCCCUUUUUGUUAAUUCUUUUUCGUUUCUAGUAUCGUAAUCAUUGUUCAAAUUGAAGCGUACACCGAGAAAGAAAUAUAUUGUUUCGUCGCGUGACGCCCCACGUUACGCAAGACACGUACUUUGUAGAUUUAUUUUUUCGAUUAUGAAGCUAGAUAUCGCGUAAUUUAUUUCAACGUCAGAGAAACUGUUAACGGCUGUCGAUCUGCGAAUAGUUUCGCGGAAUCGUCUCGGUCCGCCGAGAUCCACAUGGCAGGGGUAAUCGCGGUCCCACCCGUUUGAACAGACAUGCGAAUGAGACCGCAAAUGAAUCAAAACUAUAUACCACGCGCAGCUUCGUCCGCGUGUUAUGCAUUUUUCGUCUAACACAAACACACACAUACACGUACAUACACUUGUUAACUGUAACCCAUUUCAUUACGAUGAGGCACAUGAGCACGCGUGAAUGAAUGACAGUGCGCGAGGAUAUGCGUGUAUAGACGCGUGUGCGUGUCCGAGUGCGUGUGUGCAUGGGGAAAAUAUCGACGCCAGAUAGAUAAACCGGUUUGUUACAACUGGGCUUUUGCUAUGGCGAGAGGGUUGAAAGAGAUAACGUGCAUUAUCACAAAAGUGGAAGAGAGAGAGAAAGAGAGAGCGCUAUACACUCGUACGUAUCACGAUUACGUGUACUGUAUAAGAUAAACAGUUUACAAUUAUUUGUAACAGAUACUUUUUAUUUGUCAAAUAAAAGUUAGUACAAAGGA